GUUCAGCUGCAGCAGGCAAAGUUUCGCGAGAGCCGUCCAUCCAGAGUUGUCCGCCAAAUCAUCCACUCGCCGCCAUGUCGAAGAGGAAGGUUAGGGAGCCCAAGGAGGAGACUGUCACUCUUGGACCUGUUGUCCGUGACGGAGAGCACGUUUUCGGUGUCGCUCACAUCUUUGCCUCCUUCAAUGAUACCUUCAUUCAUGUGACUGAUUUGUCUGGGAGGGAAACUCUGGUUCGCAUCACUGGUGGCAUGAAGGUCAAGGCUGAUAGGGAUGAAUCCUCACCUUAUGCUGCUAUGCUUGCUGCACAGGAUGUUUCUACUCGCUGCAAGGAGCUUGGAAUCACUGCCUUGCACAUAAAGCUUCGGGCUACUGGUGGAAACAAAACCAAGACUCCUGGUCCAGGGGCUCAAUCAGCACUUAGAGCUCUUGCUCGGUCUGGGAUGAGAAUUGGCAGGAUUGAGGAUGUUACUCCAAUUCCUACUGACAGCACUCGCCGAAAGGGUGGCAGAAGGGGUAGAAGGUUGUGAUUUCUCAAUUAUGAGAUUUCAGAUGUUGCUGCCAUUUCUUGCAUAAUUUUUGUUUCGAAGUUUAAUUUGCAGCCUCAGCCCUGGCAAGUGUAGUUUUGUUGAACUCAUGUUAGAUUUAUAUGCCAGAGGAGAACUAGACUUUAGUUUUUGUUGGUUGACAAUUAUCAGUUCCAUCUCUACACAACAAGCUUAUUGUUAUUUAAUCAUGGAUUUGUGUUUUCCUUA